AUGACUCCUUCAAUUGCCGAAUUCGAAGCUAAAGGCUGGUUCUUGUCUCAAGAAGGCAUCGACCUUAUUGCCGCAGAAAAUGAUGCUGUAUCCACAUUAGAUGACUAUAUCGCAUGUGCUAAAGACAUGGAUCUUCGACUGUUGACUACAAAAGGAUUCAGUAAAACCGCAGAGAAACCUAGUGAAAUCCCUAGUCCACUCGUGUUGCAAGUAUUGGAAGUUCGCAAUGUUGCCAUGCCAUCUGUCAACCAAGUCGAACACCCAAGGUUGCUGAGUGUUACCUUCACUGACGGCAGCAAGAAAAAGUACAAAGGAGUGGAAGUGCUUGGGAAAGUCGAUUGCCUCAAGCUUCACACCCCUCCUGGCACGAAAUUUUUGGUUAAAAAACCAAUCGAAAUCAGGGAUCAAAUUCUUGUUUUGGGCCCUGACAUGCUGACGGAAAUUGGUGGACAUGUGCAAGAGUUGGUACAAGCUUGGAGAGCUGGAAAGCAAUUUUUGAAGCGAUAUCGAGGAAAGUCAGCUGCCAAAGACGGCGAGGAUGAAUCAGAGCAGGGCCCACCAGCAUUUGUGCCAUUCAAGGUCAAGCCACAAACUGUCGAUAAAGAACCAAAAGUGAAGAAAUCGGCGGCCUCCAAAGACAUCACCUCAACCAAGAGUGAUAAAUCGACCGAUAAGAGAGGCAAGAAAGCAAAAUCAGAUAACAAGCAGACCGACAGUAGCAAGCCAGAUGACAAGCCAGAGCAGCCAAGUGGAAAAAGAGAGCAAAAGAAGGAGAGUUCUCGAGAAAUCAAUCAGAAGAAGGAUGCUACAAAGGAGAAGAUUGAACAAACCAGAGAUGUCAACAGCAAGGCAAAGAAGGAGGAUUUCAAAUCAAAUGGGGAUACUAAAAAGGACAAGCGAAAGAGCAAGACUGAGAGAUCGGAGGAGUUCAUGGGUAAAGUUGAGAAAAAGGACAUCCCUCUUGAGAGAGUACCUCUUGAAAACGCUUCCAACAAGGCAGAGAAAGUCGAGCGACGUGAUAGAUCUAGAAAGAAGCAAGAAAAGUCUGCAGAGCAAAAAGAGGGUAGUUUACCAGCUGCCAAGACGAAAUCUCAAUCCAAACAAAACAGAGAUAGCCAGGCAGCAGCAACAGAGUCUAGUACUUCGAGCCCUGUUCCUUCAUCAGGCACAACGACACCUAUUUUAGCAGCAGAAGACAGGAAAUCUAGCAGAAAGAAGAAAUCUUCCAAAGCACCUCAGCAGCAACAAAAUGACAAACAGAUAUCAUGGGCAGAUGACAUGAUCGAAUCUACGCCUGUCAAACCAAAAGAGAAGCCAGCUAGAAAGAAAAAGUCGGCCGCAACUUCAGCAAAGGCUGAUACUACUGCUGAAUCGAAAUUAGAGGAAACUGCAACAUCCACAACAACCGCUGAAGCACCUGAAAAGAAGAAGAAGCCUAGAAAAGCAAGCGAGAAGAAGAUGGUUCUUGAAGAAGCGAAUGACUCUGAUGCAAGCAAACAAUCACAACAACAGCGAAAGAAGACAAAAAGUAAACCAGUGAAUGAUAAAGACGUGCCAACACCUCCUCCUACUUCAACGGACAAAUCAGGUGAAUCUGACAAGGACAGCAAACACAGCAACAAACCAAAAUCUAAGCGAGAGCGAAAGCCGCGAGAACGAGGACAGCGUAAAGAUGAGCAGCCCACAUCUGUAGAAACGAAAUCUUUCACUAUUUCUACUGAAAAGCCAGAGGAUGUGCAAAAUGCCAAUUCAAAAGAAGAACUAGCAACAGCACCUAAAGAGCAACACAAGGCAGCAACUUCAUCCAACUCCUCGCCUGUUGACGCAUCUAUUGUCAGCGCUACUACUACUGCUACUACUACUACUCCUGCAGAAAGUACCACACCACAAUACAGCAGUGAAAACAAUGCUAUUCCCAACAACCAUCCCACCACAGUAGAUCAGUCCUACUAUAAUGCAAACCAGCAUCAAAUGCAACAGCCCUAUUCAACGGCAGAUUACUACUAUCAUCAGCAACCUGCUUACGCUCCUAUGGUGGAUUACAACAUGAUGGUGCCUAUUGAUCCAAAUACUGGUUUACCAGCUGUUAUGUACGGCUAUCAUCCCGAUCCCCAUCAUCAACAGCAACAAUACAUGCAACCCAUGUACUACAUGGCUGGCCAGCCACAACAGCCUUACUAUAACCAUCAAGUCCAUUAUACUCAACUAUACGAUCAGGAUCAUUACGAUCAUCAUAAUCAAUAUAGACAGCAGCAACAGCAACAAAAUGGGGAUGAUAAUAACAGAAAUAGUAGUUACAGCAGUAGAGGUAGAGGUGCUAGAGGCAGAGGAAGAGGUGGUUUUAAAUAA